UUCGAUUAUUUUGCCUGUAAGGCUUCUAAAUCGAUUGCAGAGCUGACGUUUUGGCUGACGCAAAUUUACUCCACCACCUCACCGGUUUCUGUCAAACACGCUUUGCUGUUACAAGCAGUGGUUUGAGUCAGAGGGCUGUGUCAGCCAUGCCAGAUCAGAUGAGUUCAGAUGAGAAGUUCGACCUCAUCACAAGGAACCUGCAGGAGGUCCUUGGGGAGGAAAAGAUAAAACAGGUUCUUCAGGAGAGAGAACUGAAAGUCUACUGGGGCACAGCAACCACUGGAAAACCCCACGUGGCUUACUUUGUCCCCAUGUCCAAGAUUGCAGACUUCCUCAAGGCUGGAUGUGAGGUCACCAUUCUUUUCGCAGACUUGCAUGCCUAUCUUGACAACAUGAAAGCCCCCUGGGAACUGUUGGAGCUCAGGGUGAAAUACUACGAGCAGGUCAUCAAGGCCAUGUUGGAGAGCAUUGGCGUUUCCCUGGAUAAACUCAAGUUCGUCAAAGGGACUGACUUUCAGCUCAGCAGAGAGUACACACUGGAUGUGUACCGCCUGUCUUCUAUGGUGACGGAGCAUGAUGCAAAGAAGGCUGGAGCUGAGGUGGUGAAGCAGGUGGAGCAUCCUCUGCUUAGCGGUCUGCUCUAUCCCGGACUGCAGGCUCUUGAUGAGGAGCACCUGAAGGUUGAUGCCCAGUUUGGGGGAGUUGAUCAGAGGAAGAUUUUCACUCUGGCAGAAAAGUACUUGCCUUCUCUUGGUUAUGCUAAACGCGCCCAUCUGAUGAACCCAAUGGUGCCAGGACUAACAGGCGGCAAGAUGAGCUCUUCAGAAGAAGAAUCAAAGAUCGACCUUUUAGACUCUAAAGAAGACGUGAAGAAGAAGCUGAAGAAGGCUUUCUGUGAACCAGGCAACAUCCAAAACAAUGGCGUCCUGUCGUUUGUGAAAUAUGUCCUGUUACCUUUACGUGGAGAGUUCUGCAUCAAAAGAGACGCCAAGUGGGGUGGAGAUAAAGUCUACACUGUGUUUGAAGAGGUGGAGAAGGACUUUGCUGAAGAGACGAUUCAUCCCGGAGACCUGAAGGCCUCGGUAGAAACUGCAUUGAACCUACUUCUGGAGCCCAUCCGGAAGAAGUUUGAAUCUCCCGAACUCCGCAAGCUCACCAACAAGGCCUACCCCGACCCCUCAAAAACAAAGGGAGGAAAGGCUGGAGGUAAAGCAGGAGGAGGAGAAAAUGAUGAGGUGCUCCCUCACCGAAUGGAUAUCAGAGUGGGAAAGGUUGUCAGUGUGGAGAAGCAUCCAGAUGCUGAAACUCUGUACCUGGAGAAGAUCGACGUGGGUGAGGCAGAGCCCAGGACGGUGGUCAGUGGGCUGGUGGCCUAUGUUUCGCAGGAGGAACUGCAGGACAGAAUGGUGCUGGUGCUGUGCAACCUGAAGCCCCAGAAGAUGAGAGGGAUUGAGUCUCAAGCCAUGUUGUUGUGUGCCUCAAUUGAAGGGGAGCCCAGGAGGGUGGAGCCUCUGGACCCACCUGAGGGGUCGUCACCAGGGGAGCAGGUCUUUGUGGAGGGAUAUGAGUCGGGCAAAGCAGACGAAAAACUGAACCCAAAGAAGAAAGUGUGGGAAAAACUGCAGGUUGACCUGAAGAUAUCGGACGAGUGCGUGGCUCAGUGGAAAGAGAAACGUCUGAUGACCAAACUCGGACAGAUCACGUGUAAAACUCUGAAAGGAGGCAACAUCAGUUAAACGCCAUGUAGGUUUGUAAUCAUCGAAGCUUCUGCAACCGCUCCAUGUUACAGCGCGAACACACUUUGCAUCACAGAGGUCUAUUUUACAUGUUGUGUCGGAGAAUGAUGAGGAAAUGGCUGUUAAAAACUGUCUCAAAUUCUUUUGGACUUACCCUCAGACCAAUCCUUUUCAAGUCAUUUUAUCUCGAAAAAAGUUGAGUAAUAUUUACUUACGCUCUUGAAUUGACAGGAUCCACACGUUCUGCCUGAUAGAAUGAACUGAACCUCUUCAGAUGAAGGAUUGUUGUUCUGCAGGUUCUCAUACCACUCAUUGAAAUGUAACAAAAAAAUCUCAGGUGGCAGAAACUGAAACUAAAUCAUGCAAAUCUCUCAAGAGGUUAACGUUGGAUUUAAUUUAAAAUUUUGAUGUGGUGCAAGCAGUUGGUCAAACCCAAAAUAAUGAGUGUGUAGUAAUUUAUCAGGUGACCACUGAAGGUCUGGUAAAUUAAAUUCUAAAAAAAUCUGCCUUACGAAUGGAAAAAAAAAAAAAUCUGGUUGCACUUCUUGUCGGUAUUCACACAUUCCUGUAAAAUGUCAUGCUUUUGUGAUGCCUGAAGACAACAACAAACAUCUAAUAACAUUUAUCUACU